AUGUCGUACAUCGGCAACGCGUCGGAUGUGGAGCAGGAGAAAAACCUUUCGGAAUAUCGGCGCCAGCGAAGUUCGAGCAAUCUUAUUGCCACUGGCGCCAAGCAGUCGGUCGGUAGCCCUAAAAUGACCGAUGUCCUGUGGAACGAUAAGCGUGCGGCGCGAGCCAUCAACGCCAGCGACGACGAUGACUCGGAGGUGUCGGACAGUGAGAACUUUCUCGCCAAGGGCGCGUUCCUGUUAACUCCCUCGCACGAACUGUCGAUGGACCGGGCCGCGCUGAUCUGCGAAAAAAUGAACUUCAAGGGAUGCUUCAGCCUGACCAAAACCGCCACCGGCAUCCUGUUCAAGUUUUCCAGCCCCGAAGACUACCAGGCCGUGUUCAAGAAGGGCUUUCAUAAGGUGACCGGUGCGCGGUUUUACAAAAAGAUCGCCAUACCCUGCCGGCCGCAGAAAACGUUCAUGCUGUACGUAUUCGACGUACCAGAGGACUUGCCAGAGGAAGACAUUAGGCACUCACUGUACCGUUUCAAUUCUGUGGUUGAGGUUGUACGGCUGGUAGUGCACUAUCAAAAACCGUCGAUUCAGCAGGAUCCCAGCCAGCCACUACACGCUGGUGCAGCUGGAACACAGCCAAAGCCGCAAGUGCCGAAGCUUUCGACUGCCAAACCGAUAGACGAGCAGGACGUGGCGCUGCAAAAAGAGUCUCCGCCGCCGCCCAUACGUAUCACGCUCGCUUCGCUAGAUGAGUACAAUCACCUACUACAGAAUGGGCUCGACUUUUAUGGGGCUACUUUUUUUCCCACCGAAGCCCAGCUGCCGCCCCAUGCAGCCAAAAUAGCAACCAAACGAGGAGCACGCAUGAUUGACGGCAGCAUUCCUGGACGGGUCCGCGAAUUGCUUCCCGUGUUUGACGCGGCCGGAUUCAGCAAAAUUCCUCCACCGGCAUCGAAAACAAUCAAACCGCGCCCAUAA